CCCCCGUCUCUGUGCCUGACCUGCUGGGCCCGAGCCCAGAGAACGGAGCACAGUAACGUUGGAGCUGGGCGGGAGCUGGGCGGGCGAGGUGGGGCCGCGGCCUCCUCCCAGGCAGCCAGGAUCUUGCUGCGCACUGGGGGGCGCCCCGACCGCGCCCCUCGAGUCUCCCAGCACCCCUUCCGGACCUUUUUCCACCCUCCCUGCUCAGCACUGCCCGCUCAGCUCUCUCUGGGACCAGCCCUUCUCGGCGCCCUUGUGCCCUAGGGAGAUGCGAUGAGCCCGUGCCCUCGCGUCCUCAUCGCCACCCCAGGCACGGUGCCCGCCCAGUGCCCGUGGUGGGGAGGGAGCACUUCGCACUCCCUCCGUGACGCCCAUCCCGUGGCUCUCACCUCAGCUGGAGUCCUUGGACUAUGCCCCCAGGGACCCAGCCAGAGGGUGGGCUCUAGAACGACAUGGGUGGAGGGGAGAAAGGACAGGGCCUUGAGUGCCUCUGAGAUGCUCCUUAGCGUCAGAGGGUACCGAGCAAGGCGCAAGCAGCCAGGCAGCAGGCAUGAUGCCCUCGCCUAGCGACUCCAUCCGCUCGCUAACCAGCCGGCCCAGCACCCGAGGGCUUACCCACCUUCGCCUCCAUCGACCCUGGCUGCAGGCUUUACUCACCCUGGGACUGGCCCAGGUACUCCUAGGCAUCCUGGUGGUAACCUUCAGCAUGGUGGCCUCCUCAGUCACCACCACUGAGAGCAUCAAGAGGUCCUGUCCUUCUUGGGCCGGGUUCUCGCUGGCGUUCUCCGGGGUAGUUGGCAUUGUGUCCUGGAAGCGGCCAUUCACUAUAGUGAUCUCUUUCUUCUCCUUGCUUUCGGUGCUCUGUGUCAUGCUCAGCAUGGCUGGCUCUGUUCUCUCAUGUAAGAAUGCUCAACUGGCCCGGGACUUCCGACAGUGCUCCAUGGAUGGAAAGGUCUGUGUGUGUUGUCCCCCUGUUCCCCUACCCCGGCCCUGUCCAGAGCCAGGACAAGAACUGAAAAUUUCCCCUAACUCCACCUGUGAUGAAGCCCGAGGCGCCCUCAAAAACCUGCUCUUCAGUGUCUGUGGGCUCACCAUUUGUGCUGCCAUAAUCUGUACCCUCUCUGCUAUAGUCUGCUGCAUCCAAAUCUUCUCUCUGGACCUCAUGCAUACGCAGCUGGCCCCUGAGCGCUCGAUCUCAGGCCCCCUGGGGCCACUUACCUGUACAUCCUCACCUCCGGCCCCUCUCCUGCACACCAUGCUGGACUUGGAGGAAUUUGUACCACCUGUGCCCCCACCGCCCUACUAUCCCCCAGAGUAUACCUGCAGCUCUGAGACAGAUGCACAGAGCAUCACAUACAAUGGCUCCAUGGACAGCCCUGUGCCCUUAUAUCCUACUGAUUGCCCUCCUUCUUACGAAGCUGUCAUGGGCCUUCGAGGAGACAGCCAGGCCACUCUGUUUGAUCCUCAGCUUCACGAUGGCACCUGCAUGUGUGAGCGAGUGGCUUCCAUUGUGGAUGUGUCCAUGGACAGCGGGUCUCUGGUGCUGUCCGCCAUCGGCGACCUCCCGGGAGGUUCCAGUCCGUCCGAGGAUUCUUGCCUGCUGGAGUUGCAGGGUUCCGUGCGCUCCGUCGAUUACGUGCUCUUCCGCUCCAUCCAGCGCAGCCGCGCCGGCUAUUGCCUCAGCCUGGACUGCGGCCUGCGGGGCCCCUUUGAGGAGAGCCCCCUGCCUCGGCGACCGCCGCGCGCCGCGCGCUCCUAUUCCUGCUCCGCCCCCGAGGCCCCGCCAGCACUGGGCGCCCCCACGGCCGCACGCAGCUGCCACCGGCUGGAGGGCUGGCCGCCCUGGGUGGGGCCCUGCUUCCCCGAGUUGAGGCGGCGGGUCCCGCGGGCAGGCAGCCGCCCUGCAGCCGCCCCACCCGCUCGAGCCCCGGCGCGACGCUUCAGUGACAGCUCAGGUUCCCUCACCCCGCCCGGGCACCAGUCACCUUGCCCGGCUACCCCAGCCCCGCUGCUGCUGCUGCCGCGGUCCCACAGUGACCCGGGCAUCACCACUUACAGCGACACUGCUGACUUCAGGGACCUUUAUACCAAAGUGCUUGAGGAAGAAGCUGCUUCCAUUUCCUCUGCAGAUACAGGGCUCUGUUCUGAAGCCUGCCUCUUCCGCCUGGCCCCCUGCCCUUCCCCCAAGUUGCUCCGUGCCCGAUCAGCCGAGAAGCGGCGCCCUGUGCCCACCUUCCGUAAAUUUGCCUUGCCCUCGGGCCCUGCACCCGCCCACUCUCUGGGGGACCUGAAAGGAAACUGGCCAGGCCGGGGCCUGGUCACUCGUUUCCUUCAGAUGUCCAAGAAGUCACCAGAUCCCACUGGGAUGGGAGCCCAUGGACAUAAGCAGGUGCCCCGGAGCCCUUGGGGCCGGCUGGGCCGAGAGAGCCUCCACCUCCGAAGCUGUGGUGAUCUGAGCUCAGGCUCCUCACUGCGGCGUCUCCUGUCAGGCCGGAGGCUGGAGCGUGGAACUCGCCCCCACAGCCUCAGCCUCAGUGGGGGCGGCCGGGAGACUGGACUCUGACCUGGGCUUCUGGUCACACCGAACAGAUCCACAUGAACGCUGGGGCCAUGGCACCAUCUGGGUAGGACCACAUUCCCCAGCGGUCCUAGCUGGCUCACAAAGAAACUUGCUGUGUGUACCCGCAAAGUGCCCCUUCCCUCCUACCCUUGGAGGCCUCUGCUGCUUUCUGCCCCUCUGGACUGAGAUUGCAUCUGUCCUGUGACAGCUUCUGUCCUAUGCUAUGCGGGCUAUGGGGGAGAUGCCCCACUUACAGUGUGGGAGCAGGAAAAGCAUUGAACUCUCUCCAGUUGGAGAGUGGCUGUUUGUGUUCUCAGGAGCAUGCUGGACAGGUAAUGCACGUCUAGACAUCUAAGUCCAGGAGCAUUUGUGCCUGUGCAGUGGGGCGAUGAGGCAGGCGUGAAAAGAAUCAGAGAAAUCCAGGUGGCCUCAGCUCUGCCACUUCUAGCUGCAUGACCUUGGGCAAAUUAUUUAACCUCAUUUGCCCGAUCAGUAAAACAUUGUGAAGAUGACUGUUUGUAAAGCUCUUAACAUACUAAGUAAGCCUUCAAUAAAUUUCAGUUUCCCUUC